UUUCCCCCGGAGCGCUACAAUGAGACAACAAGUCAUUAAUAGCAGCGAAAUAGAUCGGAUGCCCGUCUGUGAGCAGAAUUAGCUCAUUUUAGCCUUAGAACGACGAUGAUGUGAAUGUUUAUUACAACAACAUGUUCAGUUCGGCCUCUUAAAGAGUUCACAGAAAGCGACCGAAGGAGAAGAAAUGGAUUCAGAUCACAGGCUGUCGGAUCUGAACCGAAGACACGGAGCAGAUCGUCUACAGCAGAAUUUCACAGAUCAUCAGGAUGGGAACUCUGAUGUGAACCAGGAGAAAGAAGAACUUGUUCAGAUUAAAGAAGAAUGGGAUGAACUGAAACCGCUGCAGACAACAGACAGCAGGAAGAAGCAGGAACGUCUGAAUGUAACUGAGAACCAGGCGGUACUACAACAUCAGAGGAUAAAGGAAGAACAGGUGGAACUACAAGUUCUGCAGGUCAAAGAGGAACACAAUGUGGAACAAGAAGUUCCGCACAGAUCGCAGAACCAUGUGGAGCGAGAGAAUCAACACAUAAAACCAGAACCAGAGGAACUGGAAAUCUUGCAGGUGAAAGUGGAAGAGAUGGAAUUGUGUAUUAGUCAGGAUGAGGAGAAGGUUUCACUGAAGCAGGAGGCCAAUUCCUUUGAGGAAAGAGACUGUGUUGAGCCAGAACCAAUCAUGAAUGGACCCGACUCCCAGGACUCUCCAGAAGCUGAAACCCAGAACCAGGAAGGGAGCAAUCCUGAAGACUCUGAAUCAAGCCAGGAUGAGAACCUGUAUUCCUGUGACGUUUGUGACAAAUAUUUCACACUCAGUAGUUACUUAAAUGAUCACAUGAGAACUCACACAGGUGAGAAGUCUUUCACGUGUCUGACCUGUGGAAAAACAUUCACUCAGAGAUGUAACCUGACCCGUCACAUGAGAGCUCACACGGGCGAGCGACCUUAUCCAUGUGAAGUGUGCGGUAAAGGUUUCAACGACAGUGGGGAUUUAACUCGUCACAUGAGAACACACACUGGUGAGAAACCUUUCUCGUGUGUGACCUGUGGGAAGGGUUUUACCAGGCAGAUCAGCCUGACUGCUCACAUGAGAAUACACACGGGUGAGAAGCCUUACCCAUGUCUUUCAUGUGGGAAAAGUUUCACUCAAAGCAGCGCCUUAACCGUCCACAUGAGAACCCACACGGGUGAAAAGCCGUAUCCCUGCAGGGUGUGUGGGAAACGUUUCUCCCGAAGCUGCCACCUAAACGUCCACAUGAUCACUCACACAGGCGAGACAUUCCCGUGUCUCACCUGCGGGAAACAUUUCACCCACAACAGUGCCUUAAACGUCCACAUGAGGAUUCACACAGGUGAGAAGCCAUAUCCAUGUGGGCUAUGCAGUAAGUCCUUCUCUCGGAGUAGCCUACUGACUGUUCACAUGAGAACGCAUUCGGGAGAGAAGCCUUAUCCAUGCGAAGUGUGUGGGAAGUACUUCUCACGGCGCAGCCACCUAACAGAUCACAUGAGGACGCACACGGGGGAAAAGCCUUUCUCCUGUCAGACCUGUGGAAAGUGUUUCAGCGGCAGGCAUAGUUUGAAGUUUCACAUGGGGACUCACAUACGAGAAAAUGUUUAAUCUGAGAAAUCACAUAGUCUGUAAUUCAAUAAGCUGCACUUCUUGGGCACUUGUGUAAAUAAUUGAUCUUGGAAGUUAAAGAAGAGUAAAACUUUCAGUUAAUUCAAAAGUAAAUAAUUUAACAAAACUUAUAUUUAUAACCUGUUAUUUUACCUUUUAAACAUUUAAAGAGAAAUAUAUGUAUAUUUAUAGCAAAUAUACCCACUAUAUACUUUACUUUCUACUAAGGAUUUAUUUUUUUAAGUGUGAUUAUUAAUGUUGGACUGCAUGUUAUUUGUAGAAUAAAGGUGAUUGAGGCUGUUUACUAAAAAAAUAGUUCUGCUAACACUAAAGCACUAGACCAACAUGGCAUUUAGUUGAAGCUAAUGUAAAAACACUAAAUUCAAUUGUGUUGAUACCCACCAUGUGUUAAUGUCAUGACAUGGAGUCUGUCGCCCUAUACAAGGUAAAAUCUAUCGCUACACGCGUUCAGGAGGAGAUUCUUCAGAACUGACAUUUCCCCUCAUGGUUUCAGUUUUAUAGUUGUUGUGUAUUGCUAACGCUAACGCUGUUGCUCAUUUUGCCUAAUUGACCUGGUUAGAAACCAAACGGCACAUCAAGAAGAUUUUAAACUGUUUACUGUGGAACACUAAUGCAUUGUGGGUACAGAAAGACAUAAUUUGCUGCUGCUGCUGGUGCAUCACAGGUGGAGAACAGAAUGAGAACCGAUAAAAAGGCUCUAAACAAUUAAUAUAAGUGAAUGUUUGCAUGUAUGGAUUUAACACUUCUGGUUGUUCAUGUAAGUCUUGUAUUUGUCCGUAAACCUCAUUUAUUGCCACCUAAACGUCCACAUGCUAAACGUGCUAGAAAUUAGUUCUGCUAGUAGUAGACUAGCAGAC